UUCAAGUCCUAGCGUGUAGGCGUAUUUUUUAAAUAGUGAUAGGUUUAUUUCCCCGUUAUUGAAUAAGAUCAUGUUGUAUGUUAGGAGCGCGACUCAGUAAAAAUAAAAUGGCAAGGAGCUUGCUGUGAUUGUCGAGAGUGAGUGCGCGUCAAAAACUUGCCUGUGCCGUGUGCGCGCACUCGCUACUCACAAGAAUGCGUGUCUGCUCGGCUUCUUUCUCUCACCCCUUUAGAUGAGAAAGGGAACCUAGAAGGGGAAGAGGCUGUUGAGGUAAAUAAAUUAGCUUCAAAACCACAGAAAGCAGCCACGUUCGGAAGGUUUUGGAUUGGCAAAAGGGCAGAGCAGAGACUAGGAUCAAUUAAAACCGAGUCAAUCCCGUUACAACGGGCAGCGUUAUAAUAAUACCAAGGUCAGUACACUGUACACUGAACGAGCGCACAAACCCACGUAAUUUAACGUCUUAGACUGGGUACUGAAUUCGGAGACGGGGAAAUCACCACCAGCCGCAGCUGAAGAUGGAGGGGGUGAUGCAAGGGAUGCAAGCAUACGGUGCGGGGAAGGCUGGAGGCGCCUUCGACCCAUUGACGUUCUUUCAACAGCCUCAAACGAUCCUUCGGCUUGUGUGCUGGCUCUUCUCCAUCGUGAUCUUUGGCUGUAUAGCCAACGAGGGCUAUGUGAACCGGCCUGACGAGAUUGAGGAGUUCUGCAUCUUCAACAGGAACCAGAAUGCCUGUAACUACGCAGUGGGGAUGGGAACCCUGGCUUUCCUAAGCUGUGCUGCCUUCCUGGUCCUGGACGUCUACUUCCCCCAGAUCAGCAGCGUCAAGGACCGCAAGAAGGCUGUGCUUGCUGACAUUGGAGUGUCUGCAUUCUGGUCGUUUGUCUGGUUUGUGGGGUUCUGUUUCCUGGCCAACCAGUGGCAGGUUGCCAAGAAGGAGGACAACCCUCUAAGGGAGGGCGCGGACGCAGCCCGAGCCGCCAUUACCUUUGCUUUCUUCUCCAUCUUCACCUGGGCGGUGCAGGCCUUCCUGGGCUUUCAGAAGUACAAGCUGGGGGCUGACUCGGCCCUCUUCUCCCAGGAGUACGUUGACCCCACCGCCGACCCCAAUGCUGCGUCCCCCAUGGGCACUGACUACACGAGCUAUGCCACCGACAUUGACACCGCGGCCAGCACAGAGCCAGCCUUUGAUGGCUCUGCUGGCUACCAGGGCCAGGAGUACUGAGCCAGAGGGCCAACGGAGGAAGAGAAGGACCAGGAAUGGGCUUACUCAGCAUCGGGGGUGGUUUAAGGGGACAUUUUUGUGGUUUAUGGGGACAUGGGGUGUCUUAAAGGUAGCCAAAUCCCAGAUCUGUUUGUGUUAGCUGUGAUGAUGAAAUACAGGGCCUUCAGAAAGUAUUCAAACCCUUUGACUUUUUCCACAUUUUGUUGUUACAGCCUGAAUUUCAAAUGGAUUAAAUGUAGAUGUGUCACCGGCCUACACACAAUAGCCCAUAAUGUCAAAGUGGAAUUAUGUUUUUAGAAAUGUUUACAUUUUUAUAAAAAAUGAAAAGCUGAAAUGAGUAUUCAACCCUAUUUUUUAUUUAUGGCAAGCCUAAAUAAGUUCAGGAGUAAAAAUGUGCUUAGUUUGAGCAUGGUGAAGUUAAUUGGGUGUAUUGAUACAACCUGCAAAGCCUAGUCACUACAAAGAUGCAGGCAUUCUAACUAACUAAAGGAAACCGCUCCGAGAUUUCACCACGAGGCCAAAGGUGACUACAACAUUUACAGAGUUUAAUGGCUGUGAAAGGGAAAAACUGAGAAUGGAUGAACAACAUUAUAGGCACUCCACAAUACUAACCUAAAUGAUAGAGUAAACAGAAGGAGGCCUGUACAGAAUAAAAUAAUUCCUGUUUGCAAUAAGGCAUUAAAGUAAAACUGCUAAAAAUGUGGCAAAGCAAUUAACUAUGUCCUGUAUACAAAGUGUUAUGUUUGGGCAAAAUCCAACACAAAACCUUACUGACCAGUGUCUGCAUCAUGUAAUGGUUAUGCUUGUCUUUGGCAAGACUAGGGACUUUUUUAGGAUAAAAAGAAAUGGAAUAGAGCUAAACACAGGCAAAAUAUUAGAGAAGAAAGAACCUGGUUCAGACACUGGGUGACAAAUUCACCUUUCAGCAGGACAAUAACAUAAAUCACAAGGGCAAAUACACAAUGGAUUUGCUUACCAAGACGCCAUUGAAUGUUCCUGAAUGGCCUAGUUACAAUUUUGACUUAAAUCAACUUGAAAAUCUAUGGCAAGACUUGAAAAGGCUAUCUAGCAAUGAUCAACAACCAACUGGACAGAGCUUGAAGAAUUUAAAAAAGAAUAAUGUGCAAAUAUUGUCCAAUUCAGGCAUGCAAAGCUCAGGGGUGUGAAUACUUAUGUAAUUAAAUAUUUCUGGAUUUUAUGUUCAAUACAUUUGCAAAAAAAAUGUAAAACAUGUUUUCACUUUGUCCUUAUUAGGUAUUGUGUGUAGAUAAAAUACAUUUAAUCCAUUUUGAAUUCAGGCCGUAACACAGCAACAUGUGGAAUAAUUUGAGGGCUAUGAAUACUUUCUGAAGGCACUGUAGGAGUUGGCAAGAUAGCACUAACAGAUCUGAGACUUGAAUACCUGACAGGGACUUUGGGUGGCUAACAGGGUGGGACUGGACCAAGGGUUGGCAAUCACUGUGUGUGUGAGUCAGAGUGCUACAACAUUGCUGGGAAUGUGGAGGCAGGGUAUGAAAGAGAGCGAGAGUCUUCUCAGAGACCAUAGUCGGUGUGUGUGUCGGUGUCCAGAAGCGGUUUGCCUUUAGUUGGUUGGCCACCUCCAUGGGAUCAGACAGAGUUCUAUCCAGAAGAGGGUUAUUUUCUGCAGCCUUAAUUCACCUAUGUGUCCCAGUUGUCCACCCUUAUCCCAAAGUGUGCACUUGCAUACUCCCCAUCAUGGAUAAAAUGGGAUUGGUGUAAGCAUUGGCUGGAAGGAGUUUCCACCAAACCUUGAUGGAGAGUGUGCAAGUGCACACUUUGGGAGAGAGGUGGGGAGUCGGGAUGCAGUCUUGGAACUCAUACACACCUAUACUAGCACAUAUAUCAACACAAAUUAAAAAAGGAACGUUAGGAAUGCACUUAGUGUGCAAACCUACUUUCUGGCAAACAUAAAGGGACGAGAUAGUCACCUGAUGAUAUAGGUGAUGGGACCUGAACAACGCAAGUCCUAUGAAACACCACUGUGUUUUGUGGGCCUCAACACUAUAGCCUGGUCAUUGCACAAUGACCUAGGACCUGCUUGCCAUCCCUUUUCAGCCAGUUUAGCGUUCUUUGUUUGGCAAAUGUAAAAUGGCACUGUUUGGUGUCUACUCUUGGCCAUAUCUAUGCCAAAUUAACACCCAAGCCUAACCCACUGUUAACGGUGCUAAAUCUGAAAGGUUAUCCCAUCAUACAGGACAAAGGACAGGGUAUGACAUACAGGAACCAAACAACUAACAGUAAAGCACAACUAUAGACGCGCCACAUUAACAUAAAUUGAGCUGUUGCAGAUGUGCUGCGUCAUCACCAGCGCAAACUCCGAUAUUGUCCUCAACUGUUCAUAGCAGAAAAUUCUCGAACUAGAUAAAUCGGUAAACAUUUAAUCAAAUUCUUAAGCAUUCCAUCAGCAGACGCCAAAUUCUAUAUUGAUGACGUGUAAGCACUAAUUAAUAAGACCAAUGUACAUAACCAACUUAAAAGCCAAGUCCUUUCCGCCAAUAACCAACCCCCAUGCACCAACGUUGACUGCCAACCAAAAUGUGACCAACACUGGCUUGACACUAAUAACUGACAUUGUGUAUGUCCUUAAAAUCAAAGCGAGAGUGUCAAUUGCAUACUCCUGUCCUCUCUCCUUACGUACAUAUCAAAAGAAUUGGAGGAUAAAGUCAGAGGGGCGGGAUCUCUGUUUUUUUCAUCCAACGGUUUAAAGAGAAGGGGGUGAGAAGAGAGGACGCGAGGAGUAUGCCAUUGAGAUUCUCCCAAAGUGGGCUCCAAAGCCUCUCAUUUGACUUAGCACUAGAAUACCAGCAGUUGAUUUCAGACUGACCGGUGCUUGUUAUCUCUUCUUUCAUGCCAACAGCUGAAGACUUUAGUGAUUUCUGUUUCCAAAUGUUUGUAAUGAUCCAUGUAUGUGUAACUGAGUGGGGUUUUUUCCAAGGCAAAACGUGCUCAAGAAUUGUAUAUAUAUUCUACUAUUUUUUGUAUAUAUACAGUAGCAGUCUGUUUGGACACAGCUACUCAUUCAAUAGUUUUUCUUUAAUUUGACUAUUUUCUACAUUGUAGAAUAACAGCAAAGACAUC